AAUUUUUGUGAAUGGCGGCGCUAUGAAUACUCCAUCAAAUCGUAAACGCCAAACAAAUCCCUAUCAAAAGGCUAACAUAUUCUCAAAAUGGUUUUUUCUGUGGAUGCGCCAUUUAUUUUGGCAAGGGAGGCGAGAGGAGCUAUCGGAAAGCGAUCUAUAUGCAAAUUUACCCUGCUUCGAUAGUGAGAAAUUGACGGAGGAUUUGCAACAGCCAUGGAUACGCGAAUCUCAACGCAAGCAACCAAGUUCGUUGCAUCUGAUCUUCGCUCAUUACGGCUGGCAGUUUGUGCCUGCUUGCGUGAUCUACUCAAUCCUGGAGAUCGUUAUACACGCCUUGCAGCCCCUAUUUUUGGGUGGUUUAAUAUCAUACUUUGCUGAAGGGCAAACGAGUAUUAGCAAGGACAGCGCCUAUCUCUACGCCACGGGCAUUGUGCUGUGUGCACUGGUGACUUCACUGAUAUUUCACCCAUUUAUGUUUUUCGUGUUUGCCGUGGGCACAAGGAUUCGCGUAGCCUUUGCUGGACUGAUAUAUAGAAAGUGUUUACGUGCAGCGAUCAAUGGCAGAGAUGGACUUGGCGCUUUGGCCAUAUCAGUGAUGUCAAUCGAUUUGCCGCAGUUCGAUCUGUGUUUCUAUUUCUUUCAUGAUUUGUGGAAAGGACCCGUGGAGGCGUGUAUUUUUGGCUACAUUAUGUACACUAAGAUUGGCUGGACGUCAUUAAUAGGAAUUGCCUUCAUUGCGCUGCUGAUUCCACUUCAAGCGUGGGCUGCCAAGGCUGCAGCCAAAUUUCGCACUAGUUCUGCGGAACAACGGGAUCGCCGUGUAAAGCUGAUGAAUGAGAUUAUAGGUGCGAUACAGGUGAUCAAAAUGUAUGCGUGGGAGCAAUCUUUUGCAAAAUUGAUAGCCAACGUGCGAAAGAUGGAGAUUAAAGCAAUCCGAGGUUCCAUGAGCAUAUACGCUGCGUUGCAGUGCACCAAUAUGAUAUCGAAGGUGUCCCUGUUCCUGAGUCUCAUUGCUUAUGUGUAUACAGGUGAUGUGGUUACGUCAAGAAAAGUGUUUAUACUCUCGUCUUACUACAGUUUGCUGAAUGAUUCCCUGCAGCACUUUUGGCCCUUGGCCAUUACCACCUGGGCACAGACAGUGGUCAGUGCAAGGCGCGUGACGCAGUUCCUACAACAAACUGAAUCGCCCACGAGCGAAGAGUGCUCCUCCCACUGCAGAGAUAAUCCCACAUUGCAAUUGGACUUAACCAAGACACCUGCAAAGUCUCUUCCUGUGGGUCGUCUGCACUGCAUAGAGAGCCUGGAAAAGUCUCUCACUUUUAGCCACGUGAGCGCAAGCUGGAAUAAGCCAAGCGUUCUGCAGGCAAGACGUGCGCAUAUUGAAGACAUCAGCUUUAAGCUUCUUCCAACACAAUUGGUGGGCAUUGUGGGCAACGUGGGCUCUGGCAAGAGUACGCUCUUAAAUGUGAUCUUAGGCGAAGUAGAGCUCAUGCAGGGUCGCAUCGAAGUGCACGGCAAGUUGAGCUAUGCCCCACAGGAGCCCUGGAUCUUCCAAGCCAGUAUACGUGAAAAUAUACUCUUUGUGGAACCAUACAUUGAGCAGCGCUAUCGAGCUGUGGUGCACGCCUGCCAGCUAGACUGUGAUCUAGCUCUGCUGCCACAUGGGGAUGCCACUGUAGUCGGUGAACGGGGCAUCAGUUUAAGUGGUGGACAGAAGGCAAGGAUAAGUCUGGCCCGGGCUGUAUAUCGCAAGGCAGAUAUAUAUUUGUUCGAUGAUCCUCUAGCUGCGGUAGACUCACGAGUGGGCAAACUGCUAAUGGACAAGUGCUUUAAUCGAUUCUUAGGAGACAAGCUGCGCAUAUUGGUGACCCAUCAUGUGCAGUUGCUGCAGAAUGUGGACCACUUGCUGCUCUUCGAGUCCGGACGACUAACACAACAAGGCAGCUACGCGGACUUGCGAGACGUUAUUGAGAAGCAUGCAGCUCCAGAUUUGGAUGCCAUCGAGGCUGACAAGCAGCUGGUAAAGAGGGUGCUUAGCCAAGUGGACAGAAACUCUAAGCUUUUUCAGGAUCCUACAAAGACUGUGGAUGGUCAAUCUAAUAAGGAGAGUGCCUUCGCAGAGCGUCAGCAAAAAGGAGCUGUUAGCUACGAUACGUAUAUGGAUUAUUUCCGUGCUCUGGGCGCGCCCACUUUAGUUUUCUUGGUGCUCGCGCUCUUUGUUGUCGCUCGAGUCUGCGAAGCAGUUAUGGACAUCUUUAUUUCUCGCUGGGCUACCUGGGAGGAGAAUCGAGUGUAUGAAACAACAGAGCAAUUCGAAAAGACACGCGCUCGAAUGGUGACCUGGUACGCGGUCCUCUUACUGUGCACCUUGGCUCUCUAUUUGUUGCGCACCUUUGGCUUCUUUCUGUUAUGUUUACGUAUUUCACUACGAUUGCAUAAUUUGCUCUUCGUUGGGAUUAUACGGGCUCGCAUGUUCUUCUUUAAUGCCAAUCCCUCGGGUCGAGUGCUCAAUCGCUUCUCUAGUGAUAUUGAGAGCGUGGAUGUGGCCUUGCCCCAGGCUAUGAUGGACUCUUUGCAGUUCUUUGUGGAUGUGGUGGCUGUCUUAGUCAUCGUGGCAAUCGCCAACUAUUGGCUACUCAUUCCAGCAGCUAUUAUGGCCAUUUUGAUGUACUUUUGCCGUUCAUUUUACAUAGGUGCCAGUCGCAGUCUGAAACGCAUUGAGAGCUUAACUCGUAGUCCUGUUUACACGCAUGCCAAUCAAACAUUUCAAGGCUUGACUACUAUACGAGCGUUGGAUGCUAUGCCACAAUUGGAGCACACUUUCCAUGGCCAUCAGAAUACGAACUCUUCAGCACUUUUUCUCUAUACGAGCGCCAAUCGUGCCUUUUCCUUUUGGACGGAUCUCAUUUGUGUUGUUUACAUACUGGCUGCGACAUUCAGUUUCCUGGUUAUCAAUCAGACCUUCUACAGCGGUGAUGUUGGCUUGGCUAUCACCCAAUCCAUGACACUGGUGAUAAUGUGUCAAUGGGGUAUGAGGCAGACAGCAGAGCUGGAGAAUAAGAUGACAAGUGUGGAGCGUAUAUUGGAAUACGCAAAGACACCAUCUGAACCGGCACUGGAAACAGCAAAGGAGAUAAAUCUUUCGUCAGACUGGCCACAAAAGGGUCAUCUACGCUUCUCUAAUCUACGCAUGAAGUAUGCCCCAGACGAUAUAGAAAUUCUAAAAGGUAUAACCUUUGAGUCACAGCCCAUGGAGAAGAUUGGCAUUGUGGGGCGCACGGGCGCUGGUAAAUCCUCGAUUAUUCAAGCACUGUUCCGGCUAGCUGUCAAUGAAGGGCUCAUUGAGAUAGAUGGUCAGGACAUUGCCCAACUAGGACUGCACGAUCUACGCAGUCGUAUUUCAAUCAUACCACAGGAGUCAGUCCUCUUCUUUGGCACCUUGCGCUUCAAUCUCGAUCCAUUUGGUAUGAAGAGCGAUGAGGAGCUUUGGAACGCUCUCGACGAUGUAAAGCUGAAGAAAUACGUUGCCAGCUUGGAGGGCGGGCUCUCGUGCUAUAUGCAAGAUGGCGGCUCGAACUUCAGCAUGGGCCAAAGGCAAUUGGUUUGCCUAGCCCGAGCCAUACUCCGCAAUAAUCGAAUAAUCAUCAUGGACGAGGCGACGGCUAAUGUGGAUGCUAACACUGACAAGCUUAUUCAGGAAACAAUUUGUACCAAAUUUGCCCAUUGCACGGUGUUGACCAUUGCUCAUCGUCUUCACACAGUCAUGGACAACGACAGGGUCCUAGUUAUAGAUGCAGGGAAAAUAAUCGAAUUUGGAGCACCACAUAAGCUCUUGCAGCUGGAGGAUGGUGCUCUUUUAAAUCUAGUUAAUCAAACUGAUAAGGCCACGGCUAAUCAGCUCAAGAAAAUAGCAGCAGAGAGUUACAUGCGCAAGAACAAAUAAAACAAAAUUAAUUUUAAUUGAAUUCAUUUACU